UAGAGCGCAGAUCGAUCGGAAUAAUUUGAAAAAAAAAACUUGAAAUUUUUUGAUUUUUGAAUGCCUUUCCAAAAAGUUUAACGUAAGACAAAGGGUUGUGUUAACAAAUGAGCCUACCGUUACUUCUUCAAUCAUUGCCGAAUUUUAAUCCUUUCCAAUUAUCCUUCCCCACAGCUGCGCAGCUUGCAAAUGGCCCAUGUGUGGACCACAAUGCCGUGGCCUACAUCAGCCCACCGGCCACACUGCCCAGGAAUGUGAGCUAUUGAGUACACACAAUUUGGGCGCAGCGCUAAGCGCCGCCUCUGGCCAAGUCGAUUUGGUGAAGAACUUCUACGAACUCGUACUGAUUGCGCGCAUUUGCCUGCUCAAGCAGCAGUCACCGGACAAAUAUGCGGACAUUCUGCAAAUGGAAUCUCACACCGAGCUACGCAAGGCUAAUACCGAAUUGUGGCAACACUAUGAGCAAAAUGUGGUGCAACGGCUGCAGCGCGAUUGGGGUAUGCGCUCAAUGGCCGCCGCCGCUGAGAUACAUACCAUUUGUGGUAUUUUGGAUGUGAAUUGCUUUGAAAUCGGCCAAAAUUCGGCCAAGGCUCGCUGUCUGUAUAGGAGCGCAUUUUUGCUUGCACACGACUGCUGUCCCAACACCGCACACGCCGAUGAUCCACAAACAUAUGCGAUUAUUUUGCGCACCUCCAGAGCCAUACGAAAGGAUGAGGGCAUUACGUUGAGUUACGCGUACACGCUGCAGGGCACCUUGAAGCGGCGCGAGUUCAUGCAUGCUGGAAAGCUAUUCUGGUGUAGUUGUUCCCGCUGCGCGGACCCCAAAGAGUUGGGCACGGACUGCAGUGCGCUGCUGUGUCCGAAGUGCAGAGGUGGAUCAGUGCGCACAGUUGACCCGCUGAAUCAGGAGGCCGAAUGGAAAUGUGAUCGCUGUGACUAUAAAUUGCAGUCUAAGGAAAUUGUUAAGUUAUUGGAUGCAAUCAACAAUAAUUUGGAGUCAAUCGAUGCGCAUAAUAUACCAGGGCUGGAGGCGUUCUUAAAAAAAUAUGAGCGUGUUCUAGGACCCAACCAUUACCUACUUCUUUCCGCCAAGUAUUUACUUUGUCAAAUUUAUGGUCGCAUAGAGGGCUACCUGCUGCACACAAUGCCACUGGAAGAUGUGGAGAAGAAGGAAAAUUAUUGUCGCGACUUUUUGCGUGUCGUAGACGCGCUAGAACCGGGCAUGACGCGCUUAAGAGGACUAAUUUUGUAUGAACUGCAUGGCGCAAUAAUGAUGCGUUCACAGCGAUUAAUGUUGGCAGGCGAAAUAGGUGAAUCCGAAUUUAAGCGCAAUAUUAAAAAUGUUAUCAGAUGUUUGCAAGAGAGUCGCGAUAUCAUGCUACUGGAACCGGAGGGAUCGAGCGAGCACGAAAUGGGUGUGGCAGCGGCUAAGGCGCUGGUGGAAAUGGGAGUUAAUUGAAUUUAAGGAUGAUAAUUAUAUCAGAAGGUCUUCUCGAAUUGUUGAAAUUAGAUCUGGGCGAGCUAACACAUUGAACUCAAUUCAUAAGAAAUCAUUGCAUCAAAACUGUCGCAAAGCACACACACACACAAGUAUACACACAUACACACUCACUGACACAUUAUUCCAUAAUCAGAAUUCCAUCGCAACUUUAUAUCUCACCAUUGAAAUGCAUAUACACAUUUUGAAAGACAUGGAGCAGGGGUGACCAGUCGGAGUUCAAAUGUUCUUUGAGCUCUACAUCCUUGACAUGAAGUAUUUACUUUCAUAGCUCAUACUUUUUAAAAUACAUUUUACUCUUCCCAUUGCACUGAAAGAGAUCUCAUGUUGCGCUUAACAAUAAAAUCAUUUAUCACAUUUUUGA